CAUGUGGACAUUGCGGCCCUGCUGAUCAAGUAUAACACCUGUGUAAAUGCCACUGAUAAAUGGGCCUUCACACCCCUCCAUGAGGCUGCGCAGAAGGGCCGCACACAGCUCUGCGCUCUGCUGCUGGCCCAUGGAGCCGACCCCACCAUGAAAAACCAGGAGGGACAGACGCCGCUGGACCUGGCGACGGCUGAUGAUAUCCGGGCGCUGCUGAUUGAUGCCAUGCCCCCUGAAGCGUUGCCUAGUUGUUUCAAGCCCCAGGCUACGGUGGUCAGCGCCUCUGUCAUCUCACCGACAUCUACCCCUUCCUGUCUGUCCGCUGCCAGCAGCAUAGACAAUCUGGCCGGGCCCUUGACAGAACUUGCCGUACCUGGAGCCUCAGGCCCUGCUGAUGGGGCUACUGCAUCAGAGAGGAAGGAGGGAGAAAUUACAAUUCUGGAUAUGAACAUCAGUCAGUUCCUGAAGAGUUUGGGCUUGGAGCAUUUGCGGGAUAUUUUCGAGCGGGAACAGAUCACUCUGGACGUUUUGGCCGAUAUGGGUCACGAGGAACUCAAGGAGAUCGGCAUCAAUGCUUACGGACACCGUCAUAAACUCAUCAAAGGUAUCGAGAGGCUGCUAGGAGGACAGCAGGGGGCCAACCCAUAUCUGACGUUCCACUGCACCAAUCAGGGCACAGUUUUGAUCGACCUGGCCGUGGAUGAUAAAGAGUUUCAGUCUGUUGAGGAAGAGAUGCAAAGCACAAUCCGGGAGCACAGGGACGGAGGAAACGCAGGUGGCGUUUUCAGUCGAUACAAUAUCAUCAAGAUCCAGAAGGUGGUGAAUAAGAAACUGAGAGAGCGAUACACACACAGGCAGAAAGAGAUCGCUGAUGAGAAUCACAACCACCACAACGAACGAAUGCUGUUUCAUGGAUCUCCAUUCAUAAAUGCCAUCAUCCACAAAGGAUUUGAUGAGCGUCAUGCCUACAUCGGUGGCAUGUUUGGAGCUGGCAUAUAUUUUGCAGAGAACUCUUCUAAGAGUAACCAGUACGUCUAUGGCAUCGGUGGCGGCACAGGUUGCCCCACUCACAAAGACCGCUCCUGUUACGUGUGCCACAGGCAAAUGUUGUUUUGCCGUGUGACAUUGGGAAAGUCCUUCUUGCAGUUCAGCGCCAUGAAGAUGGCCCAUGCUCCCCCUGGACAUCAUUCUGUGAUUGGCCGUCCCAGUGUCAAUGGCCUGGCCUACGCCGAGUACGUGAUCUACCGCGGAGAACAGGUACGGCUGAAAAAGACAAGCUGCUGCUUAAAAUACAGCUAUUAUCAUCACCCUCAUUUAAAGGGAAAAAUACAAUUCUGUCAUCGAUUACUCGCCCUCGUGUUUUUCGGAAGUCAUCGGAAAACAGUAUUUUGGAUGCAUUAUAUAUUAUAAAUGGUUAAAUUAAAU